CGUGCUGCUAGCCCCUCUACUGACGCCCGCGUGUGGUGUGGGCGUGGUGUUGGUGGCCGUCCUGAUCUACAGCUGCGUGGUGGUGCCCGCCCUCGCGAACUACUACUCCUUCUCCCGCCUUGUUCUUCGCACGAUUAAAUUCCUUAGCCAUGGCGGGAGUGCGUUCGGGUGGUCGUGGUGGCGAGCACAUACCUGGCUACCUGUGGCUGGUACUCCUGGUAUUCGUCCCUUACUUGGUGCACACUUUCCGCAACCGCCCUUACCUGCUGGUGGUAGCGGGGGUGAUAUACGUCACGGUGGUCGUCCCAGCGGCUCUGAAGGGGCAGCUGUACCAGGGUUCCCUCCUGUGGCUUCCUAGGACGGUGGUGGCUCUCUUGAUGCUGCGAUCCGGACUCUACACGGGCCUGGCAUCCAAAGUCGCCGAGGCACUCACAGCCGCGUGUCACUAUACUGCAGGAGGUCUUAGGGUCGUCCUGCAGUGCCUCCUGAUGGUGCUCCUCCUGCCCUUCACCCUCGUCAGGACCUUUGUGCCGCUGGUCCACAACUUCUACCUGUCCUUCGAGGCGUUUCGGGUCACGUCGAACCAGAUGGUGUUCUUCGUCCUGGCUGAAUACGCGAUGACGCCCAACCCGAAGCAGGCGGCGCUCUACUUUCUCUUCUUCUACACCGUCCUUGUCUACUUACACAAGACGCUCUUCAGACGACAAUGGGGCCAAAACCUCAACUCGACGAACAUUCGAGACUUCCUGAGGCUCACCGCGUGGUACAUGGCGGUGCGACUGGGCAAGGGCGUGGCGCUGUCUUUCAUCUUGGUUAUGUUCACCGUGGAAUUCCGUCACGGCGAACCACAGCUGUCUUAUAUCGCCGUGACCUUCGUGUAUUUCUCAGUCACCCAGCACGGGACAUGGGAAGGCUCUCCAACCUUGACUUCCCCAGUGUCAGAAAAUCUCGUUAUGUCUCCUUGGUGUUAUUACAUCCGCCAAGGUUAUGUUUUCGGUAGGAUGUUCAGGGAUGUAUAUGAGAGUUGUGGAGAGCUAGAUGGUCAUAACACUGAUUAA